CAUCCAGCCUGCUGCAUAUAACAGGAAAAGCGGGGACCGAUCAGCCCCACGCAAUGCCCGCCGCUUCCAGCGUGGAGCGGAGCGAUGCUGGCAGGGACUGAGAGCAGCGGGAAGGGCUGUACUGGCCUCUGGGAUCGGACGAGGUCUGGGAGGGUGGGGUCCUUCUCCAGGGCAGACAUUGCACCCAAGAAGAAGUUUGGGAGACUGAAAUGUGACAGGCUAAAGGGCGAGGCGAAAAGGCAAGGGAGCAAGCUGCCGGGGCGGUUUGUGGGGAAGCAGCAGAAAAGCUCCCCAAAGGAGCGAAGCAGCCAAGCAGGAGGCAGAAGCCCCGAGCCGAAGUGACUGAGAGUUGGCCUGGCUUGCCGCGGUUAAACGAGCCUCAGCAUGCAAGCCGGGCUCUCCCCCCGGCUCCCACCUCCGAGCUGCCCUGCCUAGCGGAGGAGAAUCGCUCCACUCCCCGGGAACUUCGCCGCUGCUUCGAAGCCAUGAGCAGCCACGUGUGGUUCCCCUUGCAGUACAUCUCCAAACCCUACCGCCGGGCACAGGCCCGCAAUGGCUCCGACUUCUUCUCUGCCCUCUACGGCUUCCCCAACCGAUCCUCCUUCUUCCACGGCGACUUGGACCUGGACGACCUGGGGGACUUUGACAGGGGCACCCGGUACGAAGGGGAGUCCCAGAGCCGGACGGUGAAGGCGCUGCUCAUCGUGGCCUAUUCGGUGAUCAUCGGCAUCUCUCUCUUCGGCAAUAUCCUGGUCUGCCACGUGGUGAUCAAGAAUAAGAGGAUGCAUUCGGCUACCAGCCUCUUCAUCGUCAACCUGGCCAUGGCGGACAUCAUGAUCACCCUCCUGAACACGCCCUUCACCCUGGUGCGAUUCGUAAGCAGUACCUGGGUUUUCGGAAAGCUGAUGUGUCACAUAAGCCGGUUUGUCCAGUACUGCUCUGUCCAUGUUUCUGUGCUUACCCUUGCAGCCAUUGCACUGGAUCGACAUCAGGUUAUAAUGCACCCUUUGAAACCCCGGAUGUCAAUUGCUAAAGGAGGAAUUUGCAUCAUUAUAAUCUGGGUUAUGGCCAGCUGCUUCUCUCUGCCCCAUGCCAUCUACCAGAAUCUAGCAAGAUUUGAUAUUGGGAACAGAACUAUACGAAUGGUCUGUCUCCCCAGCUUCCCUCCUCCUGCUGAUCUCUUCUGGAAGUACCUGGACUUGACUACUUUUGUACUCUUAUACGUCCUGCCCUUGCUUGUGAUCUCUAUCACGUACACAAUGGUAGCCAAGAAGCUCUGGCUGAGGAAUGCCAUUGGAGACAUCACCAUGGAGCAAUACUUUGCCCAUCAGCGGAAGAAGAAGAUGACACUGAAGAUGUUGAUGGUGGUAGUGGUGGUUUUUGCUGUCUGCUGGUUCCCACUGAACUGCUACCUGGUGCUCAUCUCCAGCAGGGCCAUCCACAGCAACAAUGCUCUGUACUUUGCUUUCCACUGGUUUGCCAUGAGCAGCACCUGCUACAACCCCUUCAUUUACUGCUGGCUCAAUGAGAGCUUCCGCUCUGAGCUCAAGUCCCUGUUGUGUGUGUGCCGGCAAAAGAAUGCACACGCCCUGCAGAGCCAUGCCCUGCAGUCCAUCUCUCCUCCUUUCAGGCAUGCCUGGGCUGAGAAUUGUCAUUAUAAAAGGGGCAGCUGCUCUCAGAAAGCAAGAGCAUCUUCCCAAAGAAACUCUGCAAAGACAGACAUAUCCAGUGUCCAGCCAAUUGUGACAGGGAGCUAAGUCACUGAACUGACAGUUAAUGGAGCUCCCUAGGUCCUCACUCUAGAAAAUUGGAUAUUAAAUUUAUUUGUAUUAAGUUACAAUCACAAUCAGAAGCAACUCCACAGACUGGGUAAUGGGAUAUAGAGCCUUUAAACUUAGGAGAAAGAUGACCUAAUUGCCACUAUAUACUGUAUACUAUAUACUGGUAUAUACUGUGGUAUAUACUAUAUACUAUAUACCACAUACUGGGGUGACAGUUCAUUUUAUGAAGAAAAUGAACAAACUAAAUUCAUUGAAUACUUUUGAUUUAUUAAUUUAUUCAAGACUGAUUCGUAACUUUUACAACCACUUUUGGAUUUGUGUCCCAGGGACUUUGCCUACUAUUUGAAUGAUAGGCUCAUCCAGUAUAUUAUGUUUGUCACUCAAAAAGUAAUCUUAAAUCAAGACAACUGAUUAUUCUGAACUGCUCAGUGUAGUGUUUACUCCUUCACCACAGACAAUAGUGCUUCUCAAUAUCAUUUAAAAUGAUCAAAUGAGAACACAAGCUAGGUGUAUGCAAAAUACACCGAGAAUAAAACAAAUACAGUUCCUUCAGUCAUAAAGAUUAUUAGUAGCUGCAACAAAAUACAAAUGAAAAUUUACCUUGCAAUCUCUGAUCAAGCAGAAGUGUCUCUGGUGAGGUAAUUUACAAGAAUUAAGGAACUGAUGAAACUGACUCCUAUCUAUAGUCGCACACAGUUUAAUAUGUGCUCUCAAGAUUAAACACAUUUCUGGGUCUCAGUCAAGUACAGGACUUUGUAAAAGGAAAUUGUUUAAGAGGAUUUCUCAAUUUUUCUACAUUGCCAGGUUUUUCUAUUCUCCACACACAAAAAAUAUUAAUUUUUGUUCAAA